AUGGCCAAAGCUGCUAACCAUCGAAAACUCCAACUUAAUGAGUUAGAGGAGCUCCACAAUGAUGCAUAUGAGAACUCCAAAAUUUACAAGGCUAGGACUAAGGCAUUUCAUGAUAAACACAUUUCUCGUAAACUCCGGUCUCAGUGGGAUGGCCCAUAUAAGGUUAUUGAAGUAUUUCUGCAUGGUGCAGUUGAGAUUAAAAAUCCACAAGAUGGUACGACCUUUAAGGUAAAUGGCCAAAGAUUGAAACAUUAUGUGGAUGGUAUUGAGAGAGGAGAAAUGAUUGAGGUUGUCCACUUGACAGACCCAAUAUAUCUUCCAUCGUAA